AUUGAUAAUUAAUAUAUUUAUAAAUAAACUUAACAAUAUUUGUUAAAAAAAAUUUCUUAUACAAGUCAAAUAUAUAUUAAUAUAUCAAAAAUUUAUAAAACAAAAAACAAAUUAUAUUUUUUCUCAGUGGGUUAAUAACGGUCUUUUUGAUUUUCAGAUAUUUUUACUAUAUUCAUUUUAUUAUAUUCUAUUUCACUAUAUAUGAGUUACUAGAUCUUACGGUUUGACCACAAGUCUGAUUCAGAUAUGAAAACUCAAUGAAAACAUUGUACCCGACUGAAAUAAUAAUAAUAAAACAGCUUUAAAUAUUUUAGAUAUCUAAUAAUAAACAUAAAUUCAUUUAAUAUUUGAGUUUACGGUCACCAAAAAAAUACACGCGCUUUUUAAACGCGGGUCAAAAUCUAGUUUUGUAUUAAUAUAUCAAACAUCUAAAAGAAAACAUUGUGUAUUGGAAAUAUUGCAGUAAUAUAAACGUGUACCUGCUAAUAUUUAUUUGUGCUUAUAUUAUUUGUACUUUAUCAUAUAAGGGACCCGGUUAGUUUUAAACCGGUGAUUCGGUGAGUUGUUGUUUUCAACAUACACAUUACAUCAAAAAUGGGGCGGACGCAGAGCAUUAGUGGGUGUGGCAUGUGCCCCACCCUAAAUUUUUUUUCAUUAAUAAAUUUUUUUCAUUUAUAAUUAGUGUAAGUUUGUUCUAUGUACAUAUAUGCUAAGGUUUUAGUUAUAAGAGAAUGGUUGUGUGACCCAUACCAAAAGGAAUCCCUGAUCCGCCCACGAUACACAUGCAGAGUUUUCUUUCUUUUACGGCUGACACAUGCAAGUUCCUAUUAUAAUUAAACAUCAAAUUAACAUUUUAAUAUUUUGCACUCAGAUCUAAACCAUAGACUUAAAGAAACAAAACGUCUCGUCUAUGUUAAAUGCUAGUAUUAAAAACAAAGUUAAAAAUCCCUAAAAUGAAAUAAAUAAAUGUGAUUUUGGAAGAAGAAAGAGGGAUCUCUUUCUUUAAUAUUUUUUCUCGCUCUCACUAAACACUCCUUGGUUUACCAGAGCAUUCUGAAAGAAGAAAUAGAGAUCUCUUCACUUCCAUUGUUGACGUACAGGAUUAGACAAAGAGGAAGGAGCUGGUCAAACAGAUUCUUGUCGAAAGAGGAGAAAAUGACUAUGAUCAAGAGUAUGCUCUCUCCCAUUCCGUCACAGCUAUGAGCUGUUUUAAACUCCCAAUUUCCUUGUGUAAACGGAUCCAAUCCGCAGUUACUAUAUUCUGGUGGGACGAUCAGGAUGGACGGAACAAAAUGGCAUGGCUUUCAUGGGAAAAAAUGACACAGCCAAAAGACAUAAGAGGUUUUGGAUUUAAAGACUUCCAAGCUUUCAAUGAUGCUUUUCUAGGCAAAUUGAGCAGGAGGAUACUCAACAAACCUGAGCUCUUGCUAUCGAGGAUCUUAAUGGGGAAGUACUGCCCCUUGGAAAGUUCCAUGGACGUGCACAAAAAACAACAACUUCUCACGGGUGGCGCGGAAUCCUGCUAGGCAGAGACUUGCUUAAAGAAAACAUGGGAUGGGUCGUCGGACAUGGCUCCUCUAUUCAAAUCUGGGAUGAUGCGUGGCUCAGCCUCACUGCUCAACUGUGACCAACAGGACCAGCUACAGAAGCAUCAGCAACGUGCACCGUUAUUGACUUAGUUUAUUGAAGGAUCAAGAAGCUGGAAUGUUGAGAAGAUCAAACAAUUGUUGCCACAAUGGGAAGAUGUCAUAAAAACCAUCACACCAAGUGAUAUUGAAAUAAGAUCACUUUCAAAACAAUAAUAUUUUAAUAUCAUAUCAUUAGAUAAUUAUUUAGAAAAAAUAAGAUCAUUUCAAAAACAAUACAUGGCAAUCGAAUUUCUAAAGAGGUUCUCAUGUUUUAUUUUAAUUUUUUGUUUUCUUAAAUAUUGAAAUACUCUCUUAGAUAUUUCCAUUGGAAUUGCUCUUAUGAUUUGAAACUAAUUUUGAUAAUAAAAAAACUCCAAAGUUUUUUUUGGUCAAAGAUCAAAAUUAAUUAGUUUUAAAAACUAAAUAUUUGAGGAGAUUAUCUAAUAAUAAUUUCUGGUAUGUAUGUCUAAUAAAAUAUCAGAGCCUCAUAUUUCUUUGCAUAUUAGAAGAAUGUACUUUACAAUUUAGAUUCAAUUCUUUUACAAAAGAAUAAUUAAUUUCUAUCUAUUCACAUAUGCCAAAAAGGAAACACAACACGUAAUUCAAAAUUUCUAAGGUCAAAAGGAAAUAAAAAUCAAGUAGUCAAGAAAAUAAACUACUUAAUAUGACUAAACAUUAAUUCCUUCAUGUCUUUCAUAAGCUCCAUUUUUCAUUUUAAAUAUCUCUCAUUGUCAUCUCUUGCUUUAGUUUUUCUCUCAUCUUCUUUGAUUCAAAAGCCAUGAAGAGAAACUCAUCAUCAUCGUCAUCAACAUUACCUGAUGCAAACAUCAUAAACCUACAACAUCCUAUCGUUCAUGAUGAUUGUAUCAGCGAACUCCCAGACGAUCUAUUACGAAUGAUCCUUUCAAAAUUGUCCACUGAAGAAGCUGUGAUGACAAUUCUUUUAUCAUCACUAUGGAUGGAUUUGUGGAAAUGGAGACCUCAUUUCGUCUUGGAUAUGAGAAGGAUCUUGGACAAAACCCCCACCAAACUUUGGCGCAACGUUUCCGCUCAGUUGGCUAGUUCAAUGGAAAAGACUUUCAACAAACACAGCGGCGACCUAGAGAGCUGCGUUAUCACAUCCCGAUGUGAUUAUCGUACGCUUCAAAAUUGGAUCCGACGUGCGACUCGUGUGAAACACACUAAAGAUCUCACACUAAACUACAUUCAUGGUCGUAAGAGAUGUUACAGAGGAAUACAUGUGCUCCACACAUCCCCACAAAUAUUUUCCCAUCAUAGCCUCACUUCACUGUCACUUAGUGGAUAUAGUCUACUAAAUGCACGUGCCUUCAAUAAUUGUGGGAAUCUUAAGACCCUCAAGCUUUUGAACAUGUUCCUCUUGCGGGUUAGUACCCUUAGCAGCGUUUUGGCAGCUUGCUCCUCCCUCGAGGUGAUUGUGUUGCAAAUCUCUUUCUUAACCAGGUUUGGUGUGUUGAAGAUCGAGAACAAAUAUGUGAAGUUCUUGCAAGUGACUUUCCCUAACUAUGUUGAGAGGAUCGAAGUGAAUGCACCCAGUCUAGAUGUUCUAGACAUCAGGGAUAUCAAAUGUGAGAGCAAGAAUAACUUCAUCCUCACUGCUCCUAACAACCAGUUUAACAGAAACCAUUGGGUUUCUAGGUGUGUUUAUCGUCCUCACAUCAGCUAUAAUGUAUCAGAACUUUCUAAGGAGACAAGAAACAUUUGGCAUGAGCUCCUGGUGAGUGACUUUCACGGUAUGACCACAAGGCAUGGAACUUUAUCGGUGAGUCUAGACAUAACUAGUCCUAAAGAAGUGGAGAUAUUGAAGGAACUUUUGCUUAUGUGGACUACUUACACAAUGAUAGAGCUUGAGAUUUUGUUCAAGACCAACAAUGCUUAUAGGGAAGAAGAAGGUGAAUGUUAUAGUGACGGCAUAGCAAAUGAGAAGUUGUGGAAGGAUGCAAACCCGUUUCCUAACACUUGUUUUCGCGUUUAUAAGGUGUGGAUGUAUAACUUUAAUGGUUCGAGUAAGGAAGAGUUUGCGUUUGCUUCACGUUUUGUGAUGCAAAAGACUGUGAUGAUGAAGAUGAUGAUCGAGACUUCGUCGUAUCCACCGAUGAAGAAGUUAGAGGUAGAAGCAGCUGUGGCAAAGCUAAUGGAACUUCCUAAAGGCAAUGAAGAGCUUAGUAUUGAGUGCUUCUGAUGAGAGUUCGGUUCUAGUCUUUCCAUAAUCUAUUUAACUAUAAACUAUGAUACUAGCUUUUUUCUUUGUUAAUGUAAGGAUUAUAUGGUUUUGAAAUUUUGGAUUAUUGUAUUCCGAAUUUAUGUGACAAAGGAUUGAGAUUAUGCUUGGUCUUAAUUUUAAUAUUAUAUGAUUUGUUUCAUGGCGCUCUUCUUUUGGUUAAUGUUUUCUCAAAUGUGGAUUAUUGUUAUUCCAAAGUACAGAUGCAAAUCAAUCUCACAUACUCAAUACAUUUGA